UCCGCAUAUAUUGAUAAUAAACGUGCUAAUUUCGUCUGUUUUAUUUCUGCAGUGACUUCACAAGUUUUAUUUUCGGCGGGAGAAUUGCGGGUUUAUAAUAAUAAAACUACAGGAAACAAGUGAGAUCUGUGUGACACUGUUGUAAAGAUGUUUAUUAAAGAGGAGAGUGAAGAUAUGGCUUAUCCAGAAGCAUGCAGAAUUAAAACCGAACACACUGACGAACAAACAGACUUGAUGGAAAUGAAAGAGGAAAAUCAACAGCCGAUAGAAGUGAAAGAAGAAAGUCAAGAACUGAAUGAAGCGAAGGAGGAACAUCAGUAUCCGAAUCCUCUUUUCAUAUCUGACGAAAACUAUUUUAGUUGCACACAGACAGAAGCAUUUUCACAGAAUUCCUCACAAAACAAAACUCAAGCCAAAAAUCCCUUCAUGUGCCAUCAGUGUGGAAAGAGAUUUACACGGAAAGAACGUCUUCAGAAACAUAAAAUAGUUCACAGUGGAGAGAGGCCUUUCACAUGCCCUCAGUGCGGAAAGAGUUUUGGGAAAAAAGGAGUCCUUAAGGAUCACAUGAGAUAUCACACUGGAGAGAAGCCAUACACAUGCCUUCAGUGUGGAAAGUGUUACACAGACAAUAUAGGCCUUAAAAGACACAUUCUAUCUCACACUGGAGAGAAGCCUUUCACAUGUCUUCAGUGUGGAAAGGGUUUCACAUCUAAAGGAUCCCUUAAUGGGCACAUGACAAUUCACACUGGAGAAAAACCAUUUACAUGCCAUCAGUGUGGAAAGUGUUUUGCAAAGAAAGGAGGCCUUAAGGAUCACAUAAGAUAUCAUACGGGAGAGAAGCCUUACACAUGUCUUCAGUGUGGAAAGAGUUUCAAGAGUAGAGGAAGCUUUCAUGCUCACAUGAAAAAUCACACUGGAGAGAGGCCUUUCAUAUGCUCUCAAUGUGGUAAGAGUUUUGUGUUGAAACAGUGCCAUGAAAUGCACAUGAGAAUUCACACUGGAGAGAAGCCUUUCACGUGCCUUCAGUGUGGAAAGAGUUUUAGACAGUCUGAUGCGUUAAAACAACAUGAGAGAUUGCAUACUGGAGAGAAGCCAUACCACUGCCUCUCAUGUGGGAAAAGUUUCCACCAAUCAAAGACUUUUAGACGUCAUAGAAAAGGGCAUUGCCCAGAGUUGUUUAAGUUAGCAAAUUGCAAGUAAUGUCGUGUCAUUGGUAUGAAAAAGCUUUGCUUUUUUCUUUUGCACCCACUUUAAAACCUCUGAUCUUAUGCAAGUUCUCUUCACAAUGUGAAUAAUAUUUUGUCAUCUUUGCCUUUUGCAUCACUUUUUGUAUCACUCUAUACUUGAUUAUAAAUAUCAAAGUGCCUUUGUAUACCAAAAACAUGGUAGUUCUCAAAAUUAUGUAAUUGUAUUGCUGUUCAAUCAUACAUUAUCGAACUUACACAAAUAUUGAAUGAUAAGCUAAUUUGGCAUCUGCCAGACACAAGUCACUUGAUGUUUCAUGGUAGGAUUGCAGUAGUCAAGUGAGCGUUAUGCCUUUUUGUUUUUAUUCGAUAUUUAUUAGGUAGCAAUAUGGCAUAUGACAUAAAUAUUUAUCUUAUUCACAGCUGUAAUUGCAAUACAUAGAUAUAUAUUUUUUUGGGCAAAUCAUGCAUCCCUAAUUUGUUGGAAUUGGUGCUAAAUGAAAAUUUGUAAAUUAAUGUGAACAAGAUGCCUUUUAUCAGGUUGGUUGCAUUUGGUUACAUUUAUUAAUGAGAUUGGUAGAAUGUCUGGAAUUUUCAGCCAAUUUUAUGUCACUUUUGUGAUCUUGCCCACACUUUUGUGCUGGGAUUUUCCACGCACAUCACAAGAAGUGGUGCAAAAAGCGGCAGCACAAACACAACACAAUGCCCACGACUGCUUCAGAUCAAUAGAUGAAAACCUGUAGCCUAACCAGGGCUCCAAACCACGACUAAAAUAAUUGAUUGCGACAAUAAUUUAAAAUAUAGUUGCCAUUGGCGACAGUCUGGUUGUGUGUGGUUUCGUCAGAUAUCAUCUUGUGAAUUAUUGAAUACGUCUUUAGAGCGUGCACCACCAGUGUGUCUUGCGCCGCUUUUCACCCAUUCUGUUUCUAAUGAGCUCGCUGCACCACAUGCAAACAUACAAACCCAGAGUGAGAGAGUCGUGAGCAAAUGACUCUUUUGAAUAGGGUCUUUUUCAUGUAUCAGGUUAACAGGUUGAAUUAAAUUCACCUUCUCAGCGAAUCAGCCGUUAGUGAACUCACAACUGGGAGUGCAGACAUUUCAAAAUAAGAGUCCCAUGUGUUUAUAAUUAAAUAUCCCGUAUUGUGUACCACUUUUUUUUCUUCUGGUAAUUAUUGAUUGAGAUUGGAGUAGAACAAUAAACUGCAUCUGCAAUUUCAUUCAAUGUGCACUCUUGAAGUCUCUGUGUCUGGGCCAUCCAGUAACAGUAAAGAAAGACUAAGGAAAUAUUUUAAAACAAUUAAAAUUAUAUAUACUGGGGGCCAAAUGUUUGGAAUAAUGUACAGAUUUUGCUGUUUCAGAAUGAAAUUGGUACCUUAAUUCACCAAAAUGGCAUUCAACUGAUCACAAUGUAUAGUCAGGACAUUAUUGAUGUAAAAAAAAACAACACCAUCACGAUUUGAAAAAAGUUAUUUUUGAUCAAAUCUAGACAGUAGUCAUCACUUUAUCCUUGAGUAAUCAUGCUAAAUUGAUCUUUUGGUAUGAGAAAAUCACUUGCCAUUAUAUCAAACACUGUUGAAAGUAUUUUGUUCAUUAAAUGAAUCGUAACAUUGUAUUUGUGUUUGUUCUAGAGAUGCCAAAGUAUGCAUUAGAUUGGCAUGUCUUAAGGUCAAUAUUAGGUCAAAAAUGGCAAAAAAGAAACUGCUUUCUCUAGAAAGUUAAUACAAUGCUUGAAAUUGCUAAAAAAAAAAAAAAACGAAAGAUUUCAUACAAAAGGUGUACACUAUAGUCUUCAAAGACAAAGGACAACUGGCUCUAACAAGGACAGAAAGAGAUCUGGAAGACCAGAUGUACAACUAAACAAGAGGAUAAGUACAUCAGAGUCUCUAGUUUGAGAAAUAGAGGCCUCAAAUGUCCUCAGCUGACAGCUUCAUUGAAUUCUACCCGCUCAACACCAGUUUCAUGUACAACAGUAAAGAGAAGACUCAGGGGUGCAGGCCUUAUGGAAAGAAUUGCAAAGAAAAAGCCACUUUUGAAAUAGAAAAACAAAAAGAGUGGGCAAACAAACACAGACAUUGGACAACAGAUAAUAGGAAAAGAGUGUUAUGGAUCUUAACCCCAUUGAGCUUUUGUGGGAUCUUGUAGACUGUAAGGUGCAUGAGAAGUGCCUGACAAGACAGUCACAUCUAUGGCAAGUGCUACUGGAAGUGUGGGGUGAAAUGUCAUCUGAGUAUCUGGACAAACUGACUAGAAUGACAACUGACUAGAAUGACAAGGAUCUGUAAAGCUGUCAUUGCUGCACAUGGAGGAUUUAUUGAUGAGAACUGAAGUAGUUUAAGAAGUUCUGAUUUUUUUUUUCAAAUUGUAAUAGUAAUUUUUCACGUUAUUAAUGUCCUGACUAUACAUUGUGAUCAGUUGAA